AUGGCUGCCCCGCGGGAUCUGGCAUCUGACUCUGCCCCGGCUGCAGAAGCAGUCGCCCCGGUUACGUGGGUGCCGAGGGCUCGGGCCCCCGCCUCGGCGCUUCACACCCACCCCUGUGAGGCGGUGGCCGUCUCAGAGCGGGCGGCAGCAUGCAUGCUGUGUCACCGGACAGAGGCUGACCCGGAUAUCUGUGGGCGCAAACUGGAGAAGCAUGGGCUCUGUGCCCACGUGUUUUGCCUGUUUUUUGCCAACGACCUGUUUCAGCAACAGUUUGAAGAUCAAACACUCAUGGGAUUUCUCCCUCAGCAUAUUAUACGCACAAUCGGGCAGGCAAUAUGGAAGGACUGCUUCGUCUGUGGCGAGAACGGGGCCACCAUCACAUGCCAGGACACGGGCUGCGACCGCAGCUUCCAUCUCCCCUGUGCCGUGGAGGGUGAAUGCAUCACCCAGUACUUUGGGCUCUACAGGUCCUUCUGCUGGGAGCACCGCCCAGAGCAGGCAGUGCAGGCUGCUCCGGAGGAGACCACCACCUGCCUCAUCUGCAUGGACUCUGUGGGGCACAGAAAGUCCUACAGCACCAUGGUGUGCCCAGCCUGCAAACACGCCUGGUUCCACAGGGGCUGCAUCCAGGGACAGGCUCUGCGCGCUGGCAUUUCUUGCUUCCAGUGCCCUCUAUGCAGAGACAGGGAAAGAUUUAUUUCGGAUAUGCUCAACAUGGGGAUCCGAAUCCCUUUCAGACUGCCAUCGUGGGAGAACAACCACGCGUAUGCAGCACUAAAUGAGAGGCACAGCUGCUGCGAUGCCAGUCAGUGCCUUUGUCCAGGAGGCAGGGAGCGGGCAGAGGAAGAGGGGCCCUGGCAACUGCUCCUGUGCUGCUCCUGCGCUGCCGAGGGCACCCACAGACGCUGCUCCAACUUGAAGCACAGCACGGCCAGCUGGGAGUGCAGCAGCUGUGCUGGCCUGGGCACCGUCUCCAGUGCCAGCUCGGAGCUCGCCGGCUCCAGCACCGCAAGCCAGUCAGGACUGGGGCCUUCCCACAGCUCACCAGCGCCUGAGACCAGCAGCCCAAGCACCAGCAGCCUGGCGGCAUCGGCGUCCCCCCAUGGCUCCCUGGCACCGGAGACCAGGAGCCCUAGCACCGGUAGCCAGGCGGCAUCGGGGUCAUCCCAUGGCUCCCAGGCACCGGAGACCAGCAGCCCCAGCACUGGUAGCCAGGCGGCUUCAGAGCCCCUCCAUGGCUCCCCAGUGCUUGAGGACACCAGCUGCUCCAGCACCCCUGGGCCCGAGCGGGUGCGAGACCGCUCCCGCUUGCAACGUCGGGCCCAAAACCCCUACAGCCGGCCCAGAAGACGCCGUGAGAGGAGCCGGGCGCCAGCACCAAGUGCUCAGACCAGCACCCCCAGCCAGGCGGCAGCUGGGGUGUCCCACAGCUCCCCGGCACCUGAAGCGAGCAGCCCCAGCCCUGACAGCCAGCUGCCAUCAGGGACCUCCUGCAGCUCUCCAGCACUGCAGAGCAGCAGCCGCUCCAGCACCCCUGGGCCCGAGCGGGUGCGAGACCGCUCCCGCUUGCAACGUCGGGCCCAAAACCCCUACAGCCGGCCCAGACGACACAACGAGACCAGGCGUGCAACAUCGCCAAGUGCUGGCUGCGAUCCCUCUCCACCGGCACAAUAA